AUGGCGCCCGACAUCGACGAACUCGCGCGAGUUCGAUCUCAAACUGACAGUGACUGUGUAGUCGCAUGUCAACGACUAACAGAUAGACUGUAUACUAACAAUCCAAGCCGGAUUGACCUGACCUUGUGCGAAGGCAUUCUCAGGUUUCGACAGCUCACAGUUGAAGCGAAUGCUCAACGAUCGCUCGCUCAGCAUGCCAGAGCAGAAUACGAAAGUUUGCGAGGGGAGGCAGUCACCUCGCAGCAUCUGUGUCAACUGCUGUCUGCACGAGAAGCGGAAGUAGCGAAGCUCAAAGAGGAUAUCUCUGAGCUUCGCGAUUCCCUUUCUGCGAGCGAGAAUAAAGUCGCGAAAUCAACAGAGGAGCUCUCUGUUAUUCGCCAAUCCAUUUCAUCGAGCGCGGCUGGUGUUGAGAAGUCUACAGAGGAGAUCUCUUUACUUCUUUCAUCACUAGCUUCUCGUGAUGCUGAAAUUGCAAAGCUUAAGAACGAGAGUUCUGUGCUACGCAAAUCUAUUUUAGCCAGCGAAGCCGAAAACAUAUCGCUGAAGGCAGAAAAUGCCGCCAUACGUUCAUUGCUUAUUGCUCGCGAAACUGAAUUUGCUAGCCUUAGAGAAGACGUCUCUGGGCUAUGUAAAUCAGUUUCUACGGAUAAUAAAAUCGUUCCGAAGCUUGGAGAGGUUGACUCUGGGCUUCAUGAAUCGCUGUCGAUUCUCAGAGAGGAAGUCUCUGGGCUCCGCAACUUGCUUUCCGCAGGAGCUGGAAACGUUGCAAAGACCAGAUCGAUCGACUCUGAGCAUACUGAAUUGGUAUCAAACCUUGGCGAAGAAGAACCUGGCGAUGAAGAGCCCUUUGAGAUGAAGCAGGAUGCUGAUUCUCCAGGACCUUCAGCCACCGUUCCCACUGAGUUUAGACCCACAUUUGUCAAGGGAUAG